CCGGAUCCCCGAUCGACGAUCGUCGUCAGUCAUGGCUAGCAUCAUUGCGCGCAUGGGUAAUAGCCGGCGGCAGAACGCGCCGUUGCCGCCCUGGGCCCAUUCUAUGCUGAGGUCCCUGGGGAGAAGUCUCGGUCCUUUAAUGGCCACCAUGGCCGAGAGAAACAUGAAGGUGUUCUCGGGGAGGGUGGUGCCAGCCCAGGGGGAAGAAACCUUUGAAAACUGGCUGAUCCAAGUCAAUGGGGCCCUACCCGAUUGGAAUAUGUCUGAGGAGGAAAAGCUCAAGCGCUUGCUGAAAACCCUGCGAGGCCCCGCCAGGGAGGUCAUGCUUUUGCUCCAGGCGGCCAACCCCAAUCUAAGCGUGGCAGAUUUCUUGCGCGCCAUGAAAUUGGUGUUUGGAGAAUCUGAGAGCAGUGUGUCCGCUCACGGUAAAUUUUUUAACACCCUGCAGGCACAGGGGGAGAAAGCCUCCCUUUAUGUGAUCCGUUUAGAGGUGCAGCUCCAGAACGCUAUUCAGGCAGGGAUCAUAGCUCAGAAAGAUGCCAACCAGACUCGCCUGCACCAGCUCCUUUUAGGGGCUGAGCUGAACGGGGACCUGCGCUUUAGGCUGAAGCAUCUUCUUAGGAUGUAUGCAAAUGAGCAGGAGCGGCUCCCCAAUUUCCUAGAGCUAAUCAAGAUGAUAAGGGAGGAAGAGGAUUGGGAUGACACUUUUAUUAAGCAGAAACGGCCCAAAAGAUCUGAGUCCGUGGUGGAGAGGGCCACCAGCUCGGUGGCCUUCCAGGGCUCCCCCCCGAUAGUGGUGGACAGUGCUGACUGCAACGUCAUAGAGAUAGACGAUGCCCUUGAUGACUCCGACGAGGAUGUGAUCCUGGUGGAGUCUCCGGACCCUCCACUGCACUUCUUGGCUUCUCCUCUCCCCAGACGCAGGCCCAGACCUCGGGACCGAGUGCUAGUCAUUGACUCCCCCAGCAGUUCCCGGGCUCAGUCUCCUUCCACCAGUGGGGGUUCAGGGUAUAAGAAUGAUGGUUCUGGGAAUCUGCGUAGAGCCAGAAAGCGAAAACACGCGAUCCGCUGUUCAUACUGCGGUGAGGAGGGCCACUCGAAGGAGACCUGUGACAAUGAGAGCAACAGGGCCCAGGUGUUUGAGAAUCUGAUCAUCACCCUGCAGGAGCUGACCCAUACGGAGGAGGAGGGGCCGAGAGAGGCCCCUGGCGAACAAAGUGACCCUUCUGAGCCGCAGUGAGGUGGUAGCCCCCAGCCUUAAGUGAACCCUUAGCCCAAACUCAGAGUCCAGCAAUGGGACGACUGGGGAGGGGCGCUUCUAAUUGCAUGAAUCCACCAAGCAGCUUUCUUUGCGGAGCGGAGUAGAAAGGGUCUUGGAUACCAGCUCAGUGGAGGGAGACAGCCUGACCUCUGCCCUUGCUUCCCCACUCCCUCUCUGCUGCCUAAGAGUCUGUUUUCUUUGUGUGCCCAUUUCUUUGAUGGCUUUAUUCUCUUUGUGAAAGUGGCAUAAUUCAUUGUUAAACCUCCAAACAAUAAAGAAAAGUACAAAAAAGUCAAGUACCAGUUACCCCAAACUCUCCGCCCUGAUCUAACCAUUGUCAACCCUUUGACGAAUGUCCUUCCGGAUAUUUCCCUGUACCUACGUACCCAGAUAGAUAUAUGUAUAGAUAAAAGUGAUCAAAUAUAAGUGCUGUUCUAUAGUCUGUAUUUUUUCACCAAACAAUGUAUGUCGUGGGCUUCUUUCUAUGUCAAUAAAUAUUUAUCA